UCCAACUCGUCACGUGGCAUCCUGCAGGCCUCCGUCGAAAACAAGACUGGACUGUCUCGCAUGCUCGACAGCACGCUCCGUGAAGGGCACGACAUGAAGACGUUCGGGCUGGGCACCGCCGCCAGCCUGGCCUCGGUCGAGCGGUACGCACGCUUCACCGCGGCCAUGUACCACGUCUACACGGCGAUGGAAUCCUCGCUUGACGCCGCCAAGUCGCCCGCCGUCGCGCCGUUCUGGAGCAGCUUCGGCGGCGAUCUGCGGAGGAGCGACGCUUUGGCGCUCGACCUCGCCGACGUGGCCGCCUCAUCCUCGUCGCACCCUCCGACGCCGGCCACGCGAGACUACAUGCGCGCCAUCGAGGCGGCGGGUGCGAAGGACGAGGAGGACGGCGGUGGGCGGCUGAUCGGCCAUGCGUACUGCCGGUACUUUGCGGAUCUAAUGGGCGGGCAGUUCCUGGCGGCGCCGACGCGGUACGCGCUAUCCCCGGCCGUCGGCGAGGGCACGCCGCGCCACUACGACUUUGGCGCCUUCGGAGCGGAGCGCAAGGCGAGCGUCGAGCGGCUGUACGCCAGCUUCAACGAGGCGGGUGAUGCGCUCGCCUCCGAGGCGGCGCGGCGGGCGGUGGUGGAGGAGGUGCUGCUCGCGUAUCGGCACAAUGUGGCCGUCUACACCGAGGAGGGCGCCGUGUGGAGCGGCGCGCUCCGCGGCGCGGCGAACCUCGCGGGCGGAGUGGCGCGUGCGAAGCUGCAGAUGCCGCGCGCCGCCGCGCCGUCAGAGGCGGCGGCCUGAUACAAGUCGCGGACAAAAAAAGAGACUACAC